UUGGCGGUUGCCGAUCGGAAGUAGGCAGGAAUUACUUAUUUGUAUUUUUUUGAAUGAAUCAUUGGCAUUUUAUAAAUGAGACAGUUCAGACUAUAAGGAUGUUAAAUACGUGAUGUGAACAUAAGCUCGUUUUUGGAAAACUUAGAAAUCUAACAUCUUAUCUAGUAACGAAUACGAGAAUGUUACGAGGAAAAAUUUUACAUUUACUGCACUGUUCCUUUUUUUUGGCAUUCAUAUUUGCCUUUUUGGUUUUUGCGGGUGCUAUUAAUUUAAAUGAAGAUGAAAAAGCAUAUAUUGAUCCCAUUGAAACCUAUGGGUUUUUUGGAGCAGCAAUUUUAUAUAUUUUCAGACUCCUUACAUUGUUGACUAUACCUCAAGUACUGUGUAAUUUUGCUGGAUUGACAUUGUUUAAUGCAUUUCCUGGUAAAAUUAAAUUAAAGGGUUCUCCAUUGUUAGCACCAUUUAUCUGCAUAAGAGUUGUGACAAGAGGAGACUAUCCUAAAUUAGUAACCAACAAUGUUACAAGAAAUAUGAAUACUUGUUUGGAUGUGGGCUUGGAAAAUUUUAUCAUUGAAGUAGUAACUGAUAAAGCUAUUAAUCUGGCCAGUCAUAGAAGUGUCAGGGAAGUAGUUGUACCUGCAGAUUAUAAGACUAAAACUGGGGCCUUGUUUAAAUCAAGAGCAUUACAGUACUGUUUGGAGGAUAAUGUGAAUAUAUUAAGUGAUUCUGAUUGGAUAGUGCAUUUGGAUGAAGAGACAUUGCUUACAGAGAAUUCAGUUCGAGGAAUUUUAAAUUUUGUCUUUGAUGGUCAACAUCCCUUUGGUCAAGGGCUUAUUACAUAUGCUAAUGAAGAAGUGGUAAACUGGCUCACAACAUUGGCUGACAGUUUUAGAGUGGCUGAUGAUAUGGGAAAACUUAGAUUUCAGUUUUAUACAUUUCAUAAACCACUUUUCAGUUGGAAAGGAUCAUAUGUUGUUACUAAAGUAAGUGCAGAGAAAGCAGUUUCAUUUGACAAUGGGUUAGAUGGUUCUGUGGCCGAGGACUGUUUCUUUGCUAUCAAAGCUUAUAAAGAGGGUUAUUCAUUUAAUUUUGUUGAAGGUGAAAUGUGGGAAAAAUCUCCAUUUACUUUAUGGGACUUUAUGCAGCAGCGGAAAAGGUGGAUUCAAGGUAUACUUUUAGUAGUUCACUCAAAGGAAAUCCCCUUUUUUUAUAAAGUUUUCUUGGGUAUUUCAUGUUAUUCAUGGGUCACACUACCCUUUUCAACUAGUAAUAUGUUUUUAGCCGCUUUAUGUCCAAUACAAUGUCCUCAUAUUUUAGACUUAAUUAUUGGCUUUAUAGGUGCAGUCAAUAUUUACAUGUACAUAUUUGGAGUCAUGAAAUCUUUUCCUAUGUAUAGAUUUGGUCCAUUAAAGUUUGUUAUGUGUAUCGCUGGGGCUUUGGCUACAAUUCCCUUUAAUAUUGUAAUAGAAAAUUUAGCUGUGAUUUGGGGUGUAUUGGGAAAGAAACAUAAGUUCUAUGUUGUAAAUAAGGAGGUAAAGACACCAAUUACAGUGUAAGGAUGUUAUAGUAACAUGCAUAAUUUAUGAUAGUAGAUAAUGGUUAGUCUGAUUAACAAUCUAAUACAGGGUGUAACCGCAUUCUAUGUUACGCUAGAAAUGUCAAAUAUUACUUUAAUGUAAAUAACCUUUUUACUUUAAAGACCUGAUCAGCUGUAAAAUCUUGGACUAACUGGUGGUACGCCCUGUUAAAACAUUGAUUCAUAAUUUUAAACAUUUUAGUACAAAUUUUGUCACAAUCUUUGUCAUUUAGUAAUUAUUUAAAGCACCCAAAUUGUGGGCUGGAUUGCUGUUUAACGCCCGAACCCAAUAUUUAAUCCACAAUUGGUUAUUGGGUUUGGGCGUAUGAUAACAUGUGAUACUUCGCUUUUUUAUGGUUUAUGUGAUGACCAACAUUAGUAUUAGUUGUUUGUUGCAUUCCAAUGAUUGCGACACUGAUAAGUCAUUGAUAAAGGUAAUGAUAAACACCUAUAGUAUUUGUAAACAUUUUAAAAGCCUCAUAUAGUCAUAGACUGUGUAUUGGUAAUGUCAAUAGUAGUAGUAGUAGUAGUCCCGGAUUCAGUUCCUCCUGAAGUAAUAUUAUCAUAUUACUAGAAUAAUGAUCAUCUUCUGGUCGUAAUGAUCAAUAAGCUAUAUGCAAGGGCUUGUUUGAAAGAGAAAAUACAUUCUAUAACUAUAUGUUGCUUAAAUAUGUUACAUUUAUUUAUAUUCCAAUUGUAAGGACCUUCUAGACGAUUAUAGUAUGUUUUAUACCCGAGUAUUGGAAAGUAUUUUAACAUGAACAAGUAUAUAGUCAAUUUUUAUACCUACCAAAGACUUAAAUUAUUCAUAGUAUUAAGGAGAUUGUAAUAUAAUUUUAAGUCAUCAAUAGUGCUUUUACAUGUUUGUACUUAUUUGAAGUUUGUAUAUUUGGGAAAUUAGUGCAAGUGAAUUUUUAGUUUCAUUUAAUUACGUAAUAGAAUGUUACCAUGUAAAAAAAAUUAAAAGUAUAUAAGGUUAAACCCACCUAUUUUAAACCCUGCUGGGUGUCGUUGGAUAAAAAAUUUACACCAGUCUAGUAUAAUAAAAAUUCAUGUAGGUGAUCAAGCAUGCGUUCAAAUGAAUAGUUCAAAUAUCAUGCUUCAAGUGGGUUAAAUAAAACCUAUGCAAAUUAUUUUUAACUAUUAUAUAAAAAUAUAUAUAUAUAAAAGUCCGUAAAACAAGUGUGAAGAAAAAUUGUGCAUGAUUAGUUUAUUGUGCACUUUGCGAGAUUUUAUAAAAAUUGUGAUAUGUAGAGAAACAUCUUUUUUAUUUGUAAUUGUGUUUUAUCCUGGUUUUUAAAUUGUAAAUUAAAUGCAUAUAUUUUAAUUUGUGAGCAAUUUAGUUAUUCAAGAAUUAUGUACAAUUUUUAGAUAAGAACUAUUUAUUUAACUAUCACUCGUGGUAUGAAUGGUAUCUGUUAUGACUCAGUACUUAGAAUUGUUGUGAAUUGAACUUAAUUUCUUUGUAAUACGGUGGGUUUUUGAAUACAGCAAUGGUCAUGUAAAUUUUUAUAAUACAUAUUUAAUACAAAUCCCACGAAAUUAUUGUCUUUCGACUUGA